CCGUCUCCCGUCUCCCGCCUGCCGCCAAGACGACGCGUCUCUCGUCGGCGCGUUCCGGAAGUUGGGCAGCUCUAGCGUCAGCAGCGAACAGGGGCACCACCACUCGAUACCCUCGUCAUGGCGAUUGGUCAACGAAUUACAGCACCCUAUACCGGGCCUUUGGACCCCACGCGGUUUGUAACGUCUUGGGCCCUCCCGUCCAGCCUGCUCUUUGGCUACCGAGCGCUGCUGGCCCUGUACGCAUUCACCACCCUGUUCACCAUCUUUGGCUGGAACGGCGCCCACGGCAGGUCUGCAGAAUCACGACAUUCCUUCUCCUACUUCACCAACCUGACGUACUGGGGUCUCGCCUUCUACUAUGCCUUUGCUGCCGCACACACGGGAAGCUAUUGGCUGACGGGCACCUCGUUCCUGGCUCGCUGGCCCAAGCCCCUGCAAGUCGCCCACAGCAUCUUCUACUCCACCAUCGUCGUAUACCCAUGGAUAGUCACCAUUGUCUUCUGGGGUCUCCUUGCUGCAAAUUUCCCCACGACAUUUUCCAUCUGGUCCAACACGUCCCAGCACGCCCUCAACUCACUGUACGCCUUCUGCGAGAUUUUCUUUCCCUGCACCAAGCCGCUGCCCUGGCUGGAUCUGAUCCCCAUUAUCCUGCUCUUGGCUCUAUACCUUGGCCUGGCUUAUCUUACCCACGCCACCCAGGGCUUUUACGUGUACCCGUUUCUCGAUCUCCAAAGGCACUCCUCCGGCGUUGUGGCGGGCUACAUCAUCGGCAUCUUGGUCGCGGCCAUUAUCCUCUUCCUCAUCGUCAGGUAUCUCAUCGCCCUGCGUGUCUGGGUCACUGAGACAAAGCUUGGAAUGAAAGGCAAGGUCUCCCCACGCGUCUCGGCCAGUGCCGAACUCGAAGAUAUCUCGCUACACAACACUAGCUCCAAGUAGUUGGUGGUGGCGAUUCCACGUAUACUCAACCUUGACCGCAUGGCACGUCACAAGCCUGUCGUUUCCUUGUCACCCUUAAUGAGCCCAGCUGUACAAUAAUCCAGUAAUCCCCUCACUGUACAGCACCCCUGUCGACUCCUAGCACUUGUCGCUCCUGUCUAUGUCCCUGUUUAUGCGUACCGUCUGUCCCAAGUCAACCACACGGCAUGCCUAGCAGUGAGCUAAACGCCUUUACAGGCGCGCUCUCUGCAUGCUUGAGUAUUUGCUUGGCCAUGACGAUUGUUUCCGGCCACUGCUGCCUUCAUCUGUUUUUAGUUUAACCUCAAACCCUCCGAGGGCUGUCAGCCA